AUGAUAUGGAGGGGAUUGGAACACCUGAAUCACAUGAUAUGGAGGGGAUUGGAACACCUGAAUCACAUGAUUGAGAGGGGAUUGGAACACAUGAAUCACAUGAUAUGGAGGGGAUUGGAACACCUGAAUCACAUGAUAUGGAGGGGAUUGGAACACCUGAAUCACAUGAUUGGGAGGGGAUUGGAAUACCUGAAUCACAUGAUAUGGAGGGGAUUGGAACACCUGAAUCACAUGAUUUGGAGGUGAUUGGAACACCUGAGUCACAUGAUUUGGAGGUGAUUGGAACACCUGAAUCAGAUGGUAUGGAGGGGAUUGGAAUACCAGAAUCACAUGAUAUGGAGGGGAUCGGAACACCUGAAUCACAUGAUAUGGAGGGGACCUUGGAAUUGGAAUACCUGAAU